GUGCCCUGUUAGGGAAACAGGAGCUCUCCUAAUUGCUGCUGUUCACGUUCAAGUGGCUUAGGAGGGAGAGGUGUAAACUGAGACACUGGCGACUGACCUUUAUCACACCCCAACUGUUAUGCCCAACCUGCCAGCUUGGCUGAGUACGAAAUGAAUAUAGCAAGGGGUGAAGCUAGGAGCUAAAUUUGUGUCUUCAGACCGAUAACCAUCUUCAGUAUUAGACUGAGGAAGCGCAUACCGACAGCCUCUGUCUGCUGCUGACCUGGGCUGAAGACGUCCCAUGUCCCAUCGCAAGUUCUCUGCUCCCAGGCAUGGCCAUCUGGGCUUCCUCCCCCACAAGAGAAGCCGCCGCCACCGAGGGAAGGUGAAGACCUGGCCUAAGGACGAUCCCAGCAAACCAGUCCACCUGACAGCUUUCCUGGGCUACAAAGCUGGCAUGACACACACUGUGCGGGAGGUGCACAGGCCCGGGCUCAAGACCUCCAAGAGGGAGGAGGUGGAGGCUGUGACCAUCAUUGAGACCCCCCCGCUGGUGGUGGUGGGCGUCGUGGGGUACAUAGAAACACCGAAAGGCUUGAGGAAUUUCAAGACUGUAUUUGCUGAGCACAUCAGCGAUGAGUGCCGACGGCGCUUCUACAAGAACUGGCACAAGAGCAAGAAGAAGGCGUUCACCAAGUACUGCAAAAAAUGGCAGGAUGAAGAUGGCAAGAGGCAGCUGGAGAAGGAUUUUGCGGCUAUGAAAAAGUACUGCAAGGUCAUUCGUGUCAUUGUGCACACACAGAUGAAGCUGCUCCCGCUGCGGCAGAAGAAAGCCCAUGUGAUGGAGAUCCAGCUGAACGGUGGGACGGUGGCUGACAAGGUUGACUGGGUUCGUGAGAGGCUGGAGAAGCAGGUUUCCGUGCACAGUGUCUUCAGCCAGAACGAGAUGAUUGAUGUCAUUGGUGUGACCAAGGGGCAUGGGAUGAAAGGGGUGACAAGCCGUUGGCACACCAAGAAGCUCCCCAGGAAGACGCACAAGGGCUUGCGCAAAGUUGCCUGCAUCGGAGCCUGGCACCCGGCCCGGGUUGGCUACUCCAUUGCUCGGGCUGGCCAGAAGGGCUACCACCACCGCACGGAGCUCAACAAGAAGAUUUACCGCGUUGGCCGCGGGAUCCACGUGGAGGAUGGCAAAGUGGUGAAGAACAACGCCUCGACGAACUACGAUAUCACAGAGAAGACCAUUACGCCUCUGGGUGGUUUCCCUCACUAUGGGGAGGUCAACAACGAUUUCCUCAUGGUGAAAGGCUGCGUGGUGGGCACAAGGAAGCGUGUGCUCACCCUCCGUAAGUCCCUUCUGGUACACACAAACCGCCGGGCUCAGGAAGCCGUUGAACUCAAAUUCAUUGAUACUACUUCCAAGUUUGGCCAUGGCUGCUUCCAGACAGCUCAGGAGAAGCGGGCUUUCAUGGGCCCUCAGAAGAAACAUUUGGUGAAAGGGAAGCCAAGUGUGCAGGAAGAGCUGUAAGGACGGAGAUAUGCAAGGCUACCUAGCUGGGCACUUUAAAUAAAGGGGCUUCAAGCCAUACCUGCUCCC